ACAUUUGGUAUAGGGCUGAAUCGGCGAAUAUGGUAGACUUCUUCAAGGAAACCCAUUGGUCAAAGAAGAAAAAUAACUUUUUAACACCAGCCACCGAAGACAAAUAUAAGGACAUGGUUUCAAAGUUGGAUACUCUAGAACCAGAGCAACGAACUGAUGAAAGGAUAGCGGGUGUCUUCAGAGAAGUACUUGGUCAUAGACCAGGCUAUGCAAGAGGAUUGGGAGAGAUGAUAAUCCCAGAGUCUACAAGACAACGCACAUUGGCACGAGAGAAAGAGUACCUAGAUUUGAUUGAGAAACAUAAGAAGGAGGCUGAAUCAUCCAAGAGUGAGAUGGAGGCAAUGAAGGCAAACAUGCAGCUUCUGUUGGAGAGACAAGCGGAAACUGACCGCUUAUUGAGGGCUUUCUUCGCUGCUAACCCGACCCCGCUCAGUGAGUCUCAGCGAGAGACUCAAUGAGUGGGGACAUGUGAGUCUGAAAGGGAAGGUUUUUUGUGGCUUUUUGGGUGCAUUUUUUGUUGUGCCGAUGGUGUUAUAUAUUGACAAGAUAUAUAUAUCCAAUGGAAGGCUAUAUUUUUGUGUUUUGUGGGAAGAAGCUGGGUUGGGUCAAAACAGUUUUUUGUGCCUUGUGAGAUAUCCUUAAAUUUUCAUAUGCUCAGUUUGGGCAACCAACAAUCCAUGGGAUUAUGCAAUGUGGUAAUAUCAUAAAGGUAAACCUCUAAGCCACCAUUAUGUUUAUAAAUUUAAACAUAUUGUAGUUGCUAGCUAAUAAGUCACUUACUACUUAUUUCAGACUUUCAAAACUAAUGGUAAUAUUUCUGUUGGGCUUGACAAACUCAUGUACAUGAUAUGCAUUUGACCAACCAUGGAAAGGUCUGAAUGGGAUGGGGAAUUUAUUGCAAUGCCAUUGUACUAUGAUUGGCAUGCUUGGAUAAGUAGAUUGGUAAGGUGUGGGCCUGUGUGAUGAACGCUGGAAAAUAGAGGAUGCCUGAACUGCAAACUACAUCAAAAGAGGAAACUGAAUUUCAGAGGCUGGGAAUGCCAAAGAGCUGAAGCAUGUUUUUAAAUGGGUACAUUUGCAGCUGGAUCUUUGAUUGCAACAACUAAGAUUGAAGGGGUACGUAACCUAUGGUGUCUCACAUGGGGGGGUGCUGUAGAUGUUCCAGCGGCUCUCGGGGUAGAAUCUUCAUGAUCUCCAGUUCCAUGAACACCUAAACUUUGUUGUAUUGGGCUGUAUUUAUGGAGAGAACUUGAAAUUUACACAUGUAUUUCCUGUUAGCUUGACUCCGAAACAUAGUAGUUAAAAUUCCCUUCCAUUAAUGCACCAAGCUAAUGUAUUGAUUACUAAAAGAUUGUAACAAUGUUGUAUUGGAUUUCUGAAUUUGAUUAUUAUGUUGAAAAUGUUAUGGUUGUUAAAAUGCAAA